AUGUACAUCAAUUAAUCGAAUCCUAUUUACUUCUAUGUUCCUUACUAUAUCCCAUUCUAAUUCAAUUCUCGACAGCCUUAGGAAAUCCCAAAGGUUGAAUUGCAUGUUGAUAGCCUUACAAGCUAAGUUAAACCUUCCAAUGAAGAAAUUCACACUAACGCUAGCGGAAUUAUUCGAGGAAAGGGAUAAUUAUGGACUUAAAAGGAAAUCAACAAUCUAAUUUCAUAUUAUAAAAAGUAUAAGGGCAAUUGGAAGCAAAUUAUCAAACAUCUCAAAGGUAGAAAUAUUUCCCAAUGUUCUCAAAAAUACAGAAAACUCUAAGACUAAGAGAAAAGGACAAAAAGAAAAUGGUCUUCCUCUGAAGAUCAAAUUUUGAGAGAAGCCUACAAAGAAUUUGGAAGACAAUGGAUCAAAAUAAGUGAACGAUUACCAGGUCGAACCUCAAAGUAAGUGAGAGAUAGAUAUGUCAAUUAAAUAGACCCGACCAUUACACAUUAAGAAUGGUCAGCAGAGGAGGAUAAGACAAUAUUGGAUGAAUACAAUAAAGGAGGAGCAAGAUGGGCUAUAAUUGCUAAAAUGCUUAGAAAUAGAUCGGAAAAUCAAGUUAAAAAUCGUUUUUAUUACACAAUUCUAAAAAAAUACUCAGGAGAGAAGCACCCAUACUUAAAAGUAUAAGAAUGA